AGGGAGGAGCCUGACUGGACGCAUUACUAAGGCGACGGCCCGACGCCUCCCGGCUUCGGGAUGAAUUAGCGGCGGGUUGUGACCACCCCACCUCCCCCGAGUGGCAGGCUCGCCUCAGUGUCCCUGCGACGUCGCGCGCCUUCCCCGGCCGAGUCUCAGGUGCGCGGCCCGCGGUGUCAGCAGAGGUACACCGGAAAUCAGACUCUUUGCUUUGCCACUGUGAUGAAGAGUUCUUGACUGUUGAGUAGACUAAACAGAAUCAUGGUGUCAUGGAAGGGGAUUUACUUUAUACUCUUCCUGUUUGUGGGAAGCUUUUUUGGAAGUAUUUUCAUGCUGGGUCCCAUUUUACCUUUGAUGCUUAUAAACCUGUCUUGGUAUCGCUGGAUCAGCAGCCGCCUUGUGGCCACCUGGCUCACACUUCCUGUGGCAUUGUUGGAGACCAUGUUUGGUGUAAAAGUGGUUAUAACAGGUGAUGCAUUUGUACCUGGGGAAAGAAGUGUCAUUAUCAUGAACCAUCGGACGAGAGUGGAUUGGAUGUUCCUGUGGAAUUGCCUGAUGAGAUACAGCUACCUCAGAUUGGAGAAAAUUUGCCUCAAAUCCAGUCUCAAAAGUGUUCCUGGAUUUGGUUGGGCCAUGCAAGCUGCUGCCUUUAUCUUUAUUCAUAGGAAGUGGAAGGAUGAUAAGAGCCAUUUUGAAGACAUGAUUGACUAUUUUUGUGACAUCCAUGAACCACUUCAACUCCUCAUAUUUCCAGAAGGGACUGAUCUCACAGAAAAUAAUAAGGCUCGAAGUAAUGAUUUUGCUGAGAAGAAUGGACUUCAAAAAUAUGAGUAUGUCUUACAUCCAAGGACUACUGGCUUUACUUUUGUGGUGGACCGUCUAAGAGAAGGUAAAAACCUUGAUGCUAUCCAUGACGUCACCGUGGCAUAUCCGUACAACAUUCCUCAAACUGAGAAGCACCUGCUCCUUGGAGACUUCCCCAAGGAAAUCCACUUCCAUGUCCGACGGUACCCAGUCAAUACCCUUCCCACAUCCAAGGAGGACCUUCAACUCUGGUGCCACAAGAGGUGGGAAGAGAAAGAAGAGAGGCUGCGGUCCUUCUACCAAGGAGAGAAAAACUUCCACUUUACUGGGAAGAGUGCAAUUCCACCUUGCAAGUCUGAGCUCAGAGUCCUUGUGGUCAAGCUGCUGUCAAUGCUGUACUGGACCGUGUUCUGCUCUGCAAUGUGCCUCCUCAUAUAUUUGUACAGUCUUGUUCGGUGGUAUUUUAUAAUCAACAUUGUGUUCUUCGUGCUGCAGGAGAGAAUAUUUGGUGGACUGGAAAUCAUCGAACUUGCAUGUUAUCAUUUUUUACACAGGCAGCCACAUUUAAAUUCAAAGAAAGAGUAAGAUGAAAUGUUCAGUGAAAACCUAGGGGAUACUUUGGAAAUGCUGUAAGCCUUUGUAAGCUCGGAUGAUUUUUGCAUGACUGUCAAUAUUUCUUACUAUCAUCAUUAUUUGUUAAAGAUAUUUUGCACUUAAUUUUAUGGGGAAAAUAUUGCUAUGAUUUUCUUUUUAAAAGAUCUGAAUGUAAUUCCAAUGCUGCGUAUGUAGCAGGGAUUGAUCGCUGUGAAAUAACUAGGGCCAGAAUAUCAUAAAACAAUCAUCAAGCUGUUGAGACAAGAUGCACACAGGCUUCUCUGAAAGGGCCACCCUGUUUCCUGACAGGCUCCCAGACCAGAGACAGGUCUGAUACUCAUGAACACCAACCCAACACACACCCUUCCCCCAGGAAUCCAGGCAGGUGGUGCCCCAGCUCCUUCCCUGGGCACUGUCCAUCCUUUCUAUGCCAACCAGUCCCAUCUCAUCCCUCCUUAAGAUGAAAAGCCAGAGCAAUCUUGUCCUUGUACUGAUCCCCAUUUGAUAGGAAGCCCUUCAUUCGUCAUAGUAUCUUGUGCUGACUGAAAUGUCAGAAAACCACCUGUGCCCUUUCCUCACCUGGAAAUUACACCUGCACAUCUCAGGGAGCAACCACAGACUCUCCAUUGGAAACCUUAGUUUGAAUGUUAAAAGACAGGAAUUGGUUGAGCUUGUUCUUUCUUGUACUCAACCCUGCUUGAUUUCCUUACAGCUUGUUGGCAGGCGAAACUUC